AUGCAGCUUCACGAUGACGCUGAAGCUCCGAAGUCGGGUUCGUCUAAUAAGGCUGCUGUUGGAACGGCAGCUGCUGACGAGGCUCCUCGUCGCGUGCUGCUGCCACGGGAAUCGCCCGAGGAGUUUGGUUCAGGCAUGCAGCUUCACGAGGACCUGAUGCCGCUGUGGGACAUGGCUGCCCACGUUGCCGUCAACGGGACCGUGCUCGUCGUGGUUUCUAACGCCGGCUACAUGGACAUGCUGGAGAACUGGGUGCGCCACGUCAGCAAUGCUGGGCUGGGAGCGCACUUUAUUCUCUUUGCAGAGGAUGAGGAGACCCUUAGGUUCGGCCAGACCAGAUGGCCAGGACAGACCAUCCACCUGGCCCUUCCCGACCAAUCACUCUCCGCCACCUGGCAGCUGCCUGCCUUCCCACACUCACCACACUCCGCCACGCGUGCAGGCACUCUCUCCUUCCACCUCCUCGCCUCCCGUCGCAUCCUCUACCUCCUCCACCUCCUCUCCUUCGGAUUCAACCUCCUCUAUUCCGACACAGACGUUGCCAUUCUGCGCAACCCUCUCCCAGAAAUCACCGCUGAUCCAAAACAGACGUUUGACAUAGCUCUCACUUUUGAUGGUUACGAGUCGAACUGGCAGAAGAAAGCAGUUCCGGUGGAGAGUUACGGCGUCGCGAAGCUAGCUGACCGGAAACUUUCCGUUUCGAGCUCGUUGCUUUUCCUCCGCCCGACGUCGGGAGCUAAGUGCUUGGUGGGGGACUGGGCGAAUAGGGUGAUGAAGUUGGGGCGGGAUGAAGGGACAGAGCAGGAGCAUUUGAACACGCUGAUCGUCGAAAUGGAUAAGUACGGUCUUUUGCCAACAAUCGCCGUGCUGCCCGCGCAGAAAUUUCUGUCCGGGCAGCUGCUGCUGGAGGAUGAUUGGGCGACGGUGGAGGCUUUGAAAGGGGAGCUGGUGACUGUGCAUGCGGGCGGGCUGAUGGGAAAAGACGCCAAGAGGUAUGCUCUGAACAAAAUAGGGUUUUGGAUUGCAGAGUCAGAUGCAGCAGCAGCAGCAGCAGCAGCAGCAGCGGGAGAAGGGGAGAGUGGAGGGAACGAAGCAACAGCAGGAGGAGAAAGAGGGGAAGCAGCAGCAGAAGCAACAACGGGAGGCGGGGAAAGGCUGAAUGAUGGGGAAGCAGCAGCAGGGACGAACUCUGAGCCUGCUAACGAGGACAACAAAUGGCCUAGCACGACCGAAACCAGCACCCUCAGCAGCAGCAGCAGCAGCAGCAGCAGCAGCAGCAGCAGCAGCAGCAGCAGUGUCCGUGUAGGGGACAAGGGCCCGUUCUGUGUGGGGCUGCUAUGUCCGGAGAUGCAUGUAUCGGAGGAGGAGGUGGUGCUGCUGUCGGUGCAGCCGUGGGUGCCGCGGCACGUGCAGCAGAUGGACCCUCUCGUGCCCAUGGUGGCCUCCCCCGACCGCUUUGUGAUUGUUACUGCAGCAUGCAAAGGUCAAGUCCCUCUAUUCACCAACUGGUUUAACGCCAUGCAUUCUGCUGCCAUGGCUGGCCAUGUGAUCGCCUCAGUGCCCCAAGAGGUGGAGGGUACCAGCCAGGGCCUGCUGCGGCAGCCAGAGGAGAGUGAGUCAGACCACAAGGCAGCCCUCACGUGCCUGCUGUUGCCCUUGCUGCUGAUGGAGCGAGUGCUCAAGCUCGGCUACAAUGUCAUCUACAGUGACAUCUCCUCUGUAUGGCUGCAAGACCCGCUCCCAUUCCUCCCGCCAGAGUACAACGCAGCUCUCCCCUCCUCCGUCCCUUCCUCCACGCAACCAUCACCGCCCGCUAACAACAAAAUAGACGGCAAGCUCAAGCGCACCCUCCCGAUCUCCCGCCCUGACUUGGGUUACUUCUCCCCUUGGUUCGCCGCGCUUCGCCCCUCCCGUCCCAUACUCCUGAUGCUGAGAGAGUGGGCUGUUCUUUCGUUGGAGGAUUUCCGGGAAAGAGCAGCCGUGGCACAUAGAAACUCCAUCGCGCACUCGCUGUCCGCUUCGGAGAGCUUAAAAGUGGGGCUGAAUGAGGCUAUAACGAGGAUGGUGGAGGAGGGGGAGCCGGGGUCGAAUGUUGGCGUGUUGUCGCGCCCCUUCUGGCCCGGAAAAGUCGACCUCUUGAUUCGAAGCUACCUCUCUGAAAAACUCUUUCUGCUCUACUCGCUGCUGACGUCAGUGGAGCUGAUGUGGCCGCGCGGGAUUGGCCGUGUGGUGGUCGUGCUGGAUGAAGGGGAUGACGUGGCAAUGCAUCUCAUGCCGCCCUGGGUUCAGGUGAAUGCGGUUACAACCGGUGAUGCUGAUGUUGGAGCUGAUGUUGGAGCUGAUGUUGGAGCUGAUGUUGGAGCUGAUGUUGGAGCUGAUGUUGGAGCUGAUGUUGGAGCUGAUGUUGGAGCUGAUGUUGGAGCUGAUGUUGGAGCUGAUGUUGGAGCUGAUGUUGGAGCUGAUGUUGGAGCUGAUGUUGGAGCUGAUGUUGGAGCUGAUGUUGGAGCUGAUGUUGGAGCUGAUGUUGGAGCUGAUGUUGGGGAGGUGGGGGGAAGUCGGAUGCGAAGGAUCGGGGAUCAGAUUGCCCACACUGUGAUGGGCAACUACCUAUGGAACAAUGAAAAGGAUAAGAUGGAGUUCGCAAUGGAGUGGGGCAACCACACGCACAUCCCACGAGUGGGCGCGCAUCUGCCCUACACCAACCUCUUCAAGGACCUCGGGGGCUCGCCUGUUGACCCCAGCUCUUUUCACAUUCCCCAUCAACCUCCCUGCCCUCUGCCGUGCCUUCAGAUGGAGUUCGCAAUGGAGUGGGGCAACCACACGCCCAUCCCACGAGUGGGCGUGCAUCUGCCCUACACCAACCUCUUCAAGGACCUCGGGGGCUCGCCGGUCGACCCCGGCUCCAAGCUCAACCUCUCCUUUGUGCAAACGGCCGCGCACUACCAGCGAGAGACCAUCUGCCACUCGCUGCCACCAGGUAAAGUGCUGUUGCUGCUGCCACCGUAG